CACAGACAACUGCAACCUGCGACGGGACACGGCCUGCCACACGCGCAACAACCCACUCCCCUGCCACUCACUCUCGCUUUGAUGCACCUUACCACGGGUAGAACCGCCAACGUUGUUUGCUCCAUCCAUCUCGACGCGCGAAACGUCGAUCUGUUGAUACAGCAGUAGCCGGUUCACUCCUGCUACAUCACUGCUGCUGGUACCGAGGGCCGGCUGGAACCGAUACAAGCGAGCAUCAUAGAGCAUGGGAAUCAUGGAUGACUUCAGCGCGGGACACCAGCGGCUCAAGGAGCGAAUCCACAACUUCCGGAUACCCCUGUCACGGCCCGGCCGCAUCGCCAUGAGCAUUGUUUACUUCUCGAUCCCGGUGGUAGGGGGGCACUACCUCAUGCAGUGGGCGCAGGAACGAGCUCAGGUGAACCUGACGGACGCGGGCGUGCUGCCGAAGCCGGGAGAGACGCCAACGAGGUCGAAGACCCAUGAACAAAACGCCGCCAUCAAGAAACAACUAGAGGAAAUCAGAUCGAAGAGAUGACGACUCGCAGCCAUUACGAAAGGGGUGGAAAGGCAUCAUGGCGGGGACGACUGGCUGCUCCCGCUUGGCGGUAGGGUACGUGGAGUGAUGAGGUUUCUGGUAGGCAGGCAACUUGAUGUUGACACUUGCCAAAGAGUUGACGUAUUCGAUCCGAGAGAAAGGUGGUUUAUGUACCCCGUAGAAACCAAAGCCUUCCACGUGGUGGCCCGUACCGUAGGAGACCCUUGGAACGGUUUGGUGGCAGAAAAGGGUGGUGUAUACGUUGGAAUGAGGUUGAGGUUUGAGAAGCAACAGCUAUUCCGCGCGACCGACAGUAACACCAACGACUUUCUCACCAAGGGAUAUUAGGUUUCCCUCUUAUCUUCGAUUUGAUCUGCUGCUGUUAUAGCCGUCACUCCGAACAAGUAUCCAUCCGCUUUCGUCGCCUGAGCAAGAAUUUUCAUCCAACCAGCGAGGUGUUUGACGGCAGUUGGCUGUCAUGAUGUAGGCUUGGCACGUUCAGCAGAAGUGGUAGUGGCUGCAGCGGAAGAAACAACUUUUUCGUUCGAAUCACUAUCAUGGGAUGGGGGCGGUGUUCAGAGAGGGCGAACGGUUUGAUCCGUCGAGGUUGAUUGUUGGGGUGUUUCGGGGCUCAAGCAUGCCCUCUGAUGGUGUUUGAAACUGUGCAAUGCCGGAGGGAAAGUUGAACCAUGUGCACUCCAGCUCUCGACUGCACAGGUGGAAAGGCUCCGCGCCUUUGCAUGCAUAGGACUCCCGUAGCAGAGCUCGAAUAGUCCGUGUAUACGAUUGUUGUCUGAAAUUCCUGCAGUAUUAAUACGAGCCUCCUUGGUAUAUGGAACAGAACCUGUGAGUCUUCGCUCGUGUUUUUUACUCGAUGCGCUGGGCUGUGUUGUGUGGCGGGGAGAUCGACGAAACAUAAUUUGAAGGGUGGAUGGAAUGCAAUAGCAGCAACGAUGGCCCAGGGUGGUUGACGACAAAGUCCGAAUCGGUUUGUGUGAUUAGAUUAUCUCUGCAGAUCUGUUGCUGGUCCACCUGUCGCUGGUGUGAAAUCUUGAACAAUGGUUCGUGUCCACUCACCCCUGCUUUUUUUCAAUAUUUGAGCUGGUGGGCUGCUGCUGCUUCUGCUGCUGCUUCCUGUGCUUCUAUAGCACCUGCUACCUUUGUCCUUCAUCGGAGGCUCACUUUUUAAAGGUUAGCAUUUGUGGGAAGGUUGGACGCGCGUGGGCUUCGGGGUGUGUUGGUACCAUCCCGUGUUUCUUGUGACUUGCCACGACAUUCAACUUUCGCCCGAAUACGAGACACAUGGAGAAAGUUUCGGUCGAUAUAAACCAACAACCAUUGGCCUCACAGUUGUUCCGACCUUGCACGGUGAAGAUACACACAUAUUUGGUGCGCAGAAAUGGAGAGCUUCUUGUAUGUAUGUGCGAUGUGGCCGGGAUUACUCCGCCGUCGCAAACACCGGUAGCAAUUACGUGUAGCAAAGCACGUGUUGUCGCGUUUCUGUUUGGGUUCGGUGAUGCUGUGCUUUGAUUUCGGCGGCAACAUUAUGCUCGGUGGGGGUGACAUCUCUUGUUAGGCUUUAGUCUUUUGGCAUCGGCGCAACAGCCAUCUCCGUGAGUCCGUCGUGUUGGAGAAUAGAGUACUGGCUAGCUAGAUGGAAGGGUGCGAGCCUAGGCCCAUUCUGAAGUGAUAUCGUCAAAUUUUGCACAUCAACCUGGACUGACGUCUUUCUUUCAUCGUCUUGCGCGAUAUGUUGGUGAGGUUAUCAAUGCUUGGCUCAUGCACGUCAUGGUGUGCAGGUGGCCGCUUUGAGCAAAUGUUUGCGGUGGCGUGAUCGAUCUCGACCUUGAUGUUUCAUCGACAGACUUGCAGAGGCCGGCUCACAAUGUGGAAAAGUAUUCA